ACUAAUACCUUUUCUUUUGAAUUUACAUUAAUUUUCAGUGUAGAAUAGGAAAUAAAUUUUUGGUUUCUCGGGUGGUCUGAUCUCUUGAUUAAAAAACCACCAACGAAAAAUUAAUUUGAGUUACUGAUGAAAUCGCACUUGCUUUCGUUGGCUCAAAGUGAAUUUGUUCAAUUUAAUUACUCCGUCCGGAAGCUCAGAUGCAUUGAAAACAAUGCCAUUGCUGAUGAAAUGCCAAAUUUAUGGAAUCAGGUCAUUGUUAUUCUUUAUUAUUGACCAUUAUUCAAUCUUAGCCACCAUUCCAUAUGCUCUUCAUUUAAAGUUCUAUAUUUUAUCACUUAGAGAUAUAUCUAGCUCUAUUGUAGGAGGUUUCAAUUAAAAACCGAUCAAUCCCUAUGCUGUCAAUAAAUUAUCCAUGAUGUUUACUGAGGGACAUUGAUUAUUGAGGAAGUGGAAGACAUUUUAUUUCCUAGCAGAUUAUAACACCCCUAAUAACCGCGUCUUCUGGAAAUCAGUUAGCGAAGGGAAAAAAUGUCUUCCACAGUCUUCGUCUUGUUUUGUGUUUUGCUCUCAACAGAAUCAAUCUUGAUUUGCAUCGGUAACGCAUUUACCAUAUUUGUGUUUUGGCAAAAGAGAAUCACUUUACAGCGAACCUAUUAUCUUCUGCUCAACCUCACAGUCGCAGAUUUACUGGUGGGUGUGGUGGAGUUAAUAUCACUUGCAACCCGUUCAGUUCCAUUUCUUUUCACUGAGCCCGAUUACAAUAUGAAUGCAUAUCACUACAGCUUCCUUAUUUCGUCAUUAACAAUUCUAUUUUCUUGGUGUUCUGUGUUUUCGCUCGCCAUUAUUUCAGUGGAACGAGUUUACGCCGUACUUUGUCCGUUGCGUCACCGAACACUGAACACUCGUGUUUAUGUUUGUGGUAUCGUAAUCGUCUGGGUAGCCGGGAUCUUUGCAGCCGUGCUGUUCAUGUUGCGACUAGUUUUUCCUGCAGUGGUGGAUAUUCAGCUUUCAACAAUAUUAAUCAAUCUAACUUUAUUACUUUCGCUUUUUGUUAUCUGUACUAGUUACCUACUUAUGCGUAGUGGACUAAGCCCUGGCGUGCCCAUAUUUGACAGUCAAAUUAGAAGAAAUAUGGCACGGAAUAUAAAACUGUCGAAAACACUGCUCAUAAUCAUAAGCUUAUCAAUUAUUUGUUGGCUCCCGGCUGUACUGUUGUACUCUGUUAUUUAUGUGUGUUCAAACUGUAUUUUGGAAGUCGUAAAUGUUAUGUUGACAGCAACAGUUUUACAUCUUGCCAACUCUGUUAUCAACCCUAUCGUGUAUACAUACAGAAUGCCCAUGUUCAAGGAAGCGUUGAGAACAUUGUUUAGAGCUCGAGGACAUGCAUAG